UAUCUCUCCUACAUGCAUUCACAGUGUAAGAAAUCCCUUUGCUUCUUUCUCAAAAGAAACCUCUAAAAAUAAGAAACGCUCAGCUAAUCAACUUUAAAACUGCUUCAUGGCUUUCAAAUCAGCUUCUAUACUUCCUUCUUCCAUCUCCAUCUACAGAGAGGGCAAGUCCAAUGCUUCUCUUAAAGAAGCAGGUUUCUUUGGAGUUUCAGUUUCUCUUCCAAGCUACCUCAAGGCUGAUUGCAAUUGUUAUCUAAUAAGGAGCAAGGAACUGAGGAGAAGUGAACUUCAACUGCCUAUUGGAACCAUUAAAGCUCAGACAGCUACUACAACUCCAGCAAUUGAUGAGGCAGCACCAGAAGCAAAGAAAACACGGAGAAAGGGUAAUGUGAUUAUCACUGGAGCCUCCUCUGGCUUGGGUUUGGCCACAGCCAAGGCUUUGGCAGAGACAGGUCAAUGGAAUGUAAUUAUGGCAUGCAGGAACUUUCUCAAGGCUGAGAGGGCAGCUAAAUCAGCUGGCAUAACUAAAGAGAACUAUAAUGUUAUGCAUCUUGACCUUGCCUCCUUUGACAGCGUCAGACAAUUUGUAGAAAAUUUUCGUCGAUUGGGCAUGCCACUUGAUGUGCUAGUGUGCAAUGCUGCUGUCUACUUACCUACUGCCAAGGAGCCAUCUUUCACCGCUGAAGGAUUUGAACUCAGUGUUGGGACUAACCAUCUUGGUCACUUCCUGCUUGCACGGCUGCUGCUUGAUGAUUUGAAGCUAUCAGACUACUCCUCCAAGCGCCUUAUCAUUGUUGGCUCCAUCACAGGAAACACAAACACAUUGGCCGGCAAUGUGCCUCCAAAGGCUAACCUCGGAGAUCUGAGAGGCCUUGCAGGUGGUUUGAAUGGGAUAAACAGUUCACCAAUGAUAGAUGGUGGAGAAUUUGAUGGAGCCAAAGCCUACAAGGACAGCAAAGUCUGCAACAUGCUUACCAUGCAAGAGUUCCACAGGCGCUACCAUGAGGAGACUGGAGUCACGUUUGCUUCUCUAUACCCUGGUUGCAUUGCAGAAACAGGCUUGUUCAGGGAGCACAUUCCCUUGUUCAGGCUUCUAUUCCCACCAUUUCAGAAGUACAUUACUAAAGGAUAUGUUUCAGAAGAGGAAGCUGGGAAAAGACUUGCGCAGGUCGUGAGUGACCCAACCCUUGCAAAAUCAGGAGUUUAUUGGAGCUGGAACAAGUACUCUUCUUCAUUUGAAAAUCAACUAUCAGAAGAAGCAAGUGAUACAGAGAAGGCACGAAAGCUAUGGGAGAUGAGUGAGAAGCUAGUUGGGUUAGCUUAAAUGAAGUACCAAAAACGAUAACAACGAUAAAGCCCUGAGAUGUUUUCUGCUGUUGUAAAUGCAAAAGUUCUUUUGAAUGAGAUGGGACAAUAAGCACAUCAAUUUCUACACUAGAAUGGUUUGUGAAUUUGCAUGUCAUAUCUCCAAAGAUGGAACUCAAGUGCUCAAUCAGUGAGCAAUACAAAAUGAGAACGUAGAAAUCUGUUCACCAAGAAAUUGUAAGGUUCACCAAGUUCAAAGGCAAACUUUUACUCGUUCGAACCAAGAAAUACCUACAGUUAUUGAAGAUCCUGAAUGCUAGUGCAAAAGAGUCACCAGCAACACCUUUGCCUUGGAAAAAGAAACACAAAUUGUAUUGCAGGCAUUAGAGGCAAUUACUGCUAGCUAAAGUCGCAACGCACCAUCUGCAGGCCUACAUCUAGUGCCCCUGAAUUUCGAAAGAAUGGUAGGCGCUUUACGAUCGAAUCUAAAGUAAUAUGGGUGAAGAAACAACUUUGCAGCUUUCAAGAAGCUUAGGCAAAUAUUCAGAAUCAAUAUUUUCAUCAUCCAAUAUAAUAGAGUUCCACAAUUUUUCAUUCUUUCA